AUGCAUUAUUUUUUCCCACACAUUUCAGCUCCGCUUAUCAGCGGACUAGGAUACCCAAGUUUCGACAGCGGCUGGCUGCCACUGAUCUCCCAAGAUAGAACCAGGUCCUACAGAACAGUUAACCACGCCCUAGGAGCCGUACCUAGCAUUGUUGACGUCCAGGUGAAGUCACUUGAUGCUCCUAAUGACGGGUUCAUCUUCAGAGGCUACGGCAACGGUGAGAGAGAUGACGACAAUAACGAGCCUUACGGUGGCGUCGUGUACGUGUAUAACGACGUCGACGUUUUGGUGAUAGCUCCCAAAGCUCAUAACCACAGAUAUCCCGUUGGGGGCAGUGCGAUUUACACGGGCGAGGCGCCGUACUGGACCGGUCCAAAUACCCAGUCGUCACAUGCCGUCCAGAUCCGGGUGCGGUGUUGGCUGGAGGGCGCGCUUCCUGUACCUUGCUACAACGCCUCCGACAUCCUCAUGAGAUCUUCAUCACAAAACCAAAAUGACACCUACCAGGAGCUGGAGCACGGUCUUGAGCGGUACCCGUCUUUGGUACGCGUACGAGCUCGACUUUCCCAGGCCAGGGCUCCACAGUGGUAUACGGACGCACAAGGUUCGUCGGUGAUCAAUUUUGGAGUGGAGGGGAAUUGGUGGAAGACGGGCGGUCUAAAGUUCGGCUACAACGACGCCACAAUCCGGUUAUGGACGUCCUCAAGACAGAAGUUUGGACGUCUGUUCACGGCAACUGACGGAUGGGGUCGAGAAAUGGGUGAGAUGACGACCGGGGUGGUAGACGUCGCCGUCUGGUGCGACGUUAACGCUCCAUUGUCUUACAGUGCACAGGUUGAUUUUGGUCCAGGGAUUCCCGAGGAGCAACUGGAGGUACCACUUCCGCCCGGAACUCCGUUCCUUGACGACAUGUACAUACAACUACUGGUAAAGGUCAAUGACAACCCGAACAGAGGUUACCUGUUUGACGUGGUUGGAAGUGCAAUGACCAACACCCUAAACCCCGGCUUGCCCUGUGCGUAUGGCGGCCUAAUUGUGGCAUACAGUCAGAAUAUGAUCCGAAUGUGGCGGCCAAAUGACGACUCAGGAGCAAGCGUCUGCAUUCCCGUGAAUUUUGGUCAGGGCCUCAAUAGUCAGGCGGCCCAGGAAGGAGUCCUCAUUGUCAGAAUUUAUGCCGUGUAUGGUGCACUUGUUGAGGGAUUGCUACAAUACCCACCCGUGUUUGUGUGCAGUCACUACAGUCUCCUAUAUCGUGACAAAGGCUACGAAUUUCCACCAAUAGAAAUCAAGCAUAACCUGACGUCACUCGCCGAGUGCGACAGCGCGUGUAGGUCGUACCGCGAUUGCGUCACAUUUACCUAUGACGAUUCUUCGAACUGCGGAAUGUAUAACAAGACUGAUCUCAGCUUGGUUUAUGAUAAAGACGGAUGUGAAAUCUGGACACUGUUUGAUCGAUCGUAUGAAGGGGAUGAAAACUAG